GCUCAAGCCUUUUUCGUGUUCGAGCCCCCUUCGGCGCGUCGCGAACGCAUCAGGUGCUGGUGCAUGGUUGUGGCGCAGGUCGCGCAGGCUGCCAUCAUCGGGGCGGCCAACCUCUGCGGUGCUUGGCUGGGCCGCUGCCCCGCCUGCCCGCCUCAGCCAGGCUGCCCUGCGCCGCUGCUCAGCUGCCCGCCAGUGACCCUCACUUGCCCAGCGCCGCCGGCGCUGAGCUGCCCGCAGGUCACCUGCGCGGCGCCCUCGUGCCCGGCGUGCGAGGCGCCGAACCGCGAGGAAGUGGCGCCCUGCCCCACGCUGGCCCGCGAGGAGGCGGGCUCGACCGGCAGCGCCGAGGGCGCCUGCCUGCCGUACUGGGCCGCGGGGCUCGUGGCGGUGAUCUGCUGGAGCUGCGGGGCGUGCUCCGCGGUGUGCGUGACUCAGGCCUGCCCCCGACGUGCUCAACAUGCUGGCCGUGGCGUCAUCGUCCGACCUGGUGCCGGGGGACGUGAUCCUAGUCCGGUACGCCGAGGACGAUCUUUGGCAUGAGCGUGUCUUGUGCUGGCCAGUACCCAUGGACAAGUCAGGAGUGGUGGACUGGGUGGUGGCAACACCCGAUGGCGACAUGUAUAUUGAGACCAUCGAGGGAGGCAAUCCAGAGGAGAGCCUGGUGGAGUGGAUCCGCCCGGCUGCUGAUGGGCGCCUUCCGGCCGCCUUCCAGGACCCCGUGUACGCGUUGCCACGAGCGGGCGUCGUGGACGACUUCAUCGCGAAGUGCGUGAAGAAGGGCACCACCCUGGCGCUGGAGGACUCGAAGGAGCACGACGAGACCCCUAUUUCCUGCUCCGUCGUGCGGCUGGCGAACGGGCGACGGGUUGCGAUCGAAGAUUUGGUAUGGGCUGGCCACAUGCUCUUUGGUUCUGUCAAACCCUACAUCGGCGUAUCAUCCAGGACAUUCCGGGCCUCGAGGAGGCCUCUGCACGACCGAGGGCCAGCGCCUGCGACCACCCCUGCUUGCUACACCGUCUAUGUCGAUAACUUUGGCGCUGGGCACGUGUCGUUCGACAGUCGGGCGACUCGUGGGACAGGUCGAUGAAACUUUGCAGUCCCGGGGCUUACCGACGCAUGAGGUCGCCACCAGCUCUCUGGAGGAGGAAGUCCUUGGGUGGGAGAUCAAUGGGAGGCUCGGCUUCAUUCGACCUCGGCCGGAGCGUGCUUGGCGCAUACGUUUGGCCCUCGACGGCUUGCUAGAGACCAGGAAGGUGUCCGCCCGGGACAUAGAGAAAGUUGUGGGCCACUGCACCUUCCUCGCUCUCCUCUGUCGCACGUCGCUCUCUCUAUCUUCCGGUCAGUCUACACCUUCAUCGCUCGCCGUCGCGAUCACGGAGCCG